UGACUUCUCUUUCAUUCUCUACAGCUUGACCGGUCACUUGUACUGUCUGUGCUCCUGGCUACUUUGUACUCUGUAUACUGAAAACCGGUUUUGGUGGGUCAACAUAAUGCAGCGCACACUCCGCUUGGAACAGUGGAGGAAACAAGAUCUCUCUCCAAAUUAUAAAAUGGAUCGCCAGGAAAAGACUGGGACGGACAUUGUGACGUCGAACGAGAUUGAGACUGAAAUGGGACGAGACUUGGACUCGGGUGCGCCUGGGGUAAGGACGAGAUCUGCUCUUGCAGAGAAGGACGACAAGGAGAAAGUGUGGGUGGACGCGUUAGACUCAGACAACCGAAAACGCGAGCAAGCUCUUGAACAUGAGCAGAACUGGCGCAAUCUCGAAACCCUUGGGACUAGACUAAGCCGAACGUCUUCAGGGGGCGAUUCCACCACGGAACUGAAUAUUCUCCGCCGUUUGAGUGCAUCAGAGAACAACUGGCGUUUAAAGGAUAUCCCACAAGAGUCGGCCAACUGGAGAGCAAGUUUGCCACAUGAGCGACCGCAAGCUAGUGAGUGGCAGACGACUGAGGGAACUGAGAGCUGGAGAUCUAAUAAUGGAGGCAGGCAUUUAAACAACACCACUUCCUGGAGGACUAUAAAUGACAUUUCGAAGACUGGAACAGGAUCCUCGUUAACAGAUGAGAACUGGCGACAAAAUCAGGAAGUGUUGAGACAGAAUCAGGAUAACUGGAAAUUUAAUCAAGAAAGUGUCCGUCACUUACAGGACGGAUUGCGUUUAAAUCAGGACAACUGGCGUCGCAACCAUGACGGAAUGCGUCCGAACGGACCGGAGCUUUGGCGUCAAGAAAACUGGAAACAGAAUGGGACCGAGAGGGCGAAUAAUGUCAAUAUGAUGUUUGGCGGAAUUAAUGUCGACGGCGGAACGGGAAACUCUUGGAACUCUGGAGGAGGCGGAGCAGCCUGGCACAAUCCGCACACUGUGGACGGAGGAGCUUGGAAAAGGAACCUGGAAGAGAACUCAAGAUUAUCAAACGAUCUUUUCAGGUUGAAGAAUCCCUAUCUGCGAGAUGAUUGUGGAUCCAGGGAUGGUGCUUCAGCUUUGUCGCGUGAAUCAUCACGGGACGACAUCAACUCCAUCAGCGACCAACAGUUCGACUUCGAGGAGAGGUUUAAGGUGGACAGGAGGAAGCUUGAGCUUAUGAUGAUGGGUAGCGGAGGUAAAGAUAAAAUCUGUUUUUUAUUUUAUUACAUUGAAUUUUUAUUUUUAUUUUGA